AUGUCCGACCCCAGCUACUGGACGGCGGUGGCUGCGCCAGGCCACCGGAGCCGCCUUGCCAAGGGCGCGCUGCUGCAGCGCUCCAAGAGCUGCCGCAGUGGGAACCGCAAAAGCCUGGUGGUGGGAACGCCCUCCCCAACCCUCUCCCGGCCCCUGUCUCCGCUCUCAGUUCCAACAGCAGGCAACAGCCCCCUGGAUAGCCCUCGGAACUUCUCCGCUGCGUCGGCCGUGAACUUCCCCUUUGCCCGAAGGGCUGACGGCAGAAGAUGGUCCCUUGCAUCUCUCCCAUCUUCUGGCUAUGGAACCAACACACCCAGCUCCACCGUCUCGUCGAGCUCAUCCUCCCGGGAGCGCCUCCACCAGCUUCCUUUCCAGCCGACACCGGAUGAACUAUGCUUCCUGUCCAAGCAUUUCCGCAGCUCAGAGAGCGUGGCUGACGAGGAGGGCGGCCACCGCUCACCCCACCUUCGUCCCCGUUCCCGCAGCCUCAGCCCGGGACGCACAACAGGGAACUUCGACAAUGAAAUCGUCAUGAUGAAUCAUGUGUACCGGGAGAGGUUCCCCAAGGCCACGGCACAGAUGGAAGGCCGCCUGGAAGAAUUCCUUGCUGCUUUUGCACCCGGCGCCCGGCUGGCCCUGGCCGAUGGCGUCCUGGGCUUCAUCCACCACCAGAUCAUUGAGCUGGCCCGCGACUGCCUGGCCAAGUCUGGAGAGGCCCUCGUCACCUCCCGCUACUUCAUGGAGAUGCAGGAGAAGCUGGAGAGGCUGCUACAAGAUGCCCACGAGCGCUCGGACAGUGAGGAGGUCGGCUUCAUUGUCCAGCUUGUCCGGAAGCUGCUCAUCAUCAUCUCGAGGCCGGCGAGGCUCCUCGAGUGCCUGGAGUUUGACCCUGAGGAGUUUUACCACCUGCUGGAGGCUGCCGAGGGCCAGGCCCGAGAGGGCCAGGGCAUCAAGACGGACCUGCCUCAGUACAUCAUUGGGCAGCUGGGCCUGGCUAAGGACCCCCUCGAGGAAAUGGUGCCUCUGAGUCACCUUGAAGAGGGAGGACAGCCUCCAGCACCUGAGUCCCCGGAGAGCCGUGCCCUGGUCGGCCCAUCGCGGAGGAAGCCGUGUGAGAAUGACUUCGAGACCAUCAAACUCAUUAGCAACGGGGCCUAUGGGGCUGUCUACCUGGUGCGGCACCGAGACACACGGCAGCGCUUUGCCAUCAAGAAGAUCAACAAGCAGAACCUGAUUCUGCGCAACCAGAUCCAGCAGGUCUUUGUGGAGCGUGACAUCCUCACCUUUGCCGAGAACCCGUUUGUGGUCAGCAUGUUCUGCUCCUUCGAGACCCGUCGCCACUUGUGUAUGGUCAUGGAGUAUGUGGAAGGUGGUGAUUGUGCCACACUUCUGAAGAACAUGGGCCCACUGCCCGUGGACAUGGCCCGCAUGUACUUCGCCGAGACAGUCCUGGCACUGGAGUACUUGCACAACUACGGCAUAGUGCACCGGGACCUCAAGCCUGACAACCUGCUCAUCACCUCACUUGGCCACAUCAAGCUGACCGACUUCGGCCUGUCCAAGAUUGGGCUCAUGAGCAUGGCCACCAACCUCUAUGAGGGCCACAUCGAGAAGGACACCCGGGAGUUCGUGGACAAGCAGGUGUGCGGGCGCCCCAUCCCUCUCCUCAUUUUAGAUGAAAUCAUGUGGCCCGAAGGGGAUGAGGCCCUUCCAGCAGAUGCCCAGGACCUCAUCACCAGGCUGCUCCGACAGAGCCCACUGGACCGUCUGGGCACUGGUGGCACCCACGAGGUAAAACAGCACCCCUUCUUCCGAACACUGGACUGGGCAGGGCUUCUGCGACACAAAGCUGAGUUCGUGCCACAGCUCGAAGCUGAGGAUGACACCAGCUACUUUGACACGCGCUCGGAACGCUACCGCCACCUGGGCUCCGAGGACGAGGAGACCAACGACGAGGAGUCAUCCACGGAGAUCCCCCAGUUCUCAUCAUGUUCCCACCGGUUCAGCAAGGUCUACAGCAGCUCCGAGUUCCUGGCCGCCCAGCCCACGCCAACCUUCGCCGAACGGAGCUUCAGCGAGGACCGGGAGGAAGGGUGGGAGCGCAGCAGCGAGGGCGAGUAUGGCCGCCGCCUGAGCAUGGAUAUUCGCCUGAGGUCCUGGACAUCCUCUGGUACUUCCUGUCCGUCGUCUUCCCAGCCCGAGCGGGGCCCCAGCCCGUCUCUCUUGAGUACUAUUAGCCUGGACACGAUGCCCAAGUUUGCCUUCUCGUCAGAGGAUGAGGGAGCCAGCCCAGCCUCUGCGGGCCCCAAGAGGCCCAUCUUCAUUCUGGGGGAGCCCGAUCCACCCCCAGCAGCCACCCCAGUGAUGCCCAAGCCCUCAAGCCUUUCUGCUGACCCAGCCGCCCUCAGCCACGCACGCCUACGGAGCAACAGCAUCGGUACACGGCACUCGACACCACGGGCCUUGGAUGCUGGCCGAGGCCGCCGCCUUGGGGGCCAAAGAGACCCAGCUCCCGAGAAGUCUCGGGCCUCCCCCAGCGGGGGCCGUGUGCCCAAGUCCGCCUCAGUGUCCGCCCUGUCGCUCAUCAUCACGGCCGAUGAUGGCAGCGGCGGCCCCCUCAUGAGCCCUCUGUCCCCACGCUCACUGUCCUCGAACCCGUCGUCCCGAGACUCCUCUCCAAGCCGAGACCCGUCCCCCGUGUGCGGCAGCCUGCGGCCCCCCAUUGUCAUCCACAGCUCGGGCAAGAAGUACGGCUUCAGCCUGCGGGCCAUCCGCGUCUACAUGGGCGACAGCGAUGUCUAUACCGUGCACCACGUUGUCUGGAGCGUGGAGGAAGGCAGCCCUGCCCAGGAGGCGGGCCUGCGAGCUGGGGACCUCAUCACCCACAUCAACGGGGAGUCAGUCCUGGGUCUGGUGCACAUGGACGUCGUUGAGCUGCUGCUGAAGAGCGGCAACAAGAUCGCCCUGCGGACAACAGCCCUGGAGAACACCUCCAUCAAGGUGGGCCCCGCCCGGAAGAACGUGGCCAAGGGCCGCAUGGCUCGCAGGAGCAAGCGUAGCCGCCGGCGGGAGACCCAGGACCGGCGGAAGUCGCUCUUCAAGAAGAUCUCAAAACAGUCCUCUGUGCUGCACACCAGCCGGAGCUUCUCCUCCGGCCUCCACCACUCCCUGUCGUCCAGCGAGAGCCUCCCGGGUUCGCCCACUCACAGCCUCUCCCCCAGCCCCACUACGCCUUGCUGCAGCCCAGCUCCCGAGGCCCCCGCAGACACCGCAUCCCCUCCCAGUGCAUCCCCGAGCUCCAGCAGCCCUGCCUCUCCUGCCGCCGCUGGCCACGCCCGCCCUAGCUCCCUGCAUGGCCUGGCCGCCAAGCUCGGGCCACCCCGCCCCAAGGCCGGCCGCCGCAAGUCCACCAGCAGCAUCCCGCCCUCCCCACUGGCCUGCCCCCCGGUGCCCGUGCCCCCACCCCGCUCACCCUCGCCCCUCCCCGGGCACCCACCUGCACCCGCCCGGUCUCCACGGUUGCGCCGGGGCCAGUCGGCUGAUAAGCUGGGUUCGGGUGAACGGCUGGAUGGGGAGCUGGGGCGCCGCGGCCGCGGGCCAGACUCGGAGCUGGUAGUCAUGCGGCGGCUACACCUGUCCGAGCGCCGUGACUCCUUCAAGAAGCAGGAGGCCGUGCAGGAGGUGAGCUUCGAUGAGCCACCCGAGGAGGCCGCCGGGCCGCUCACCUCUGUGCCGCAGAUUGCCGUGGAGGGCGCCGAGGCUGUGCCAGGAGCCCUUGGUCCUGCCGGGAAGGACUGA